GCCCGGUUCCGUGGCGAAUCUGCGGGGCCCGGCCCUGGACCCUGGACGGGCCCUUCCUCGUGCGCGCGCGCGCGUGGCGAAUCUGCGGGGCCGGCGCGGGGGCGGUGUUAGAUAACACGGAAAUGAAGGGCAAAGGAGACAAAGCUUCAGUCUUCUAGGAAACCUGCAGGGAUGCUUUCAAGCCUUAACUUGUUCACUGUGUUGGAUUAAGAAUAUCACAUCUAAAGUCUCUGAAACUCCAAGGCUGGAAAGUGUUUGACUUUGCUUCUUCCCCAGCUCCUGCUCUAGCUUAUUCAAUAAAUCUGACAGCACUUAUAAAAAUCAAUAAGGCAUUCUGUUAGUCACUUCAGCUGUGUGAAACACCCAAAAAGCCUUUAAAGGACAGCAGUUAGCAGGUGGCUCUGGUGACUGAGCCACAGGAGGUGGAACAUGGCUGGACAAAUAUCAGAGGCUGAUCAGAUCAAGCAGUUCAAGGAGUUUCUUGGCACAUACAAUAAACUUACAGAAAACUGCUUUGUGGAUUGCAUAAAGGAUUUCACUAGCAGAGAUGUGAAACCAGAAGAGAUAACUUGCUCAGAAAACUGCCUGCAGAAGUAUCUGAAGAUGACACAGAGGAUCUCCAUGAGAUUCCAGGAGUACCACAUCCAGCAGAACGAGGCUCUGGCAGCCAAGGCAGGACUGCUCAGCCAACCUCGCUAGAGCAGAGCUCUGUGCUCAGACUUAAGCUGUGCCAAGAACACACUGGGGGAUUCCUGCUGUCAGGAUGUGUCCAGCAGCUCAGGGCAGAGCUGUGGGUGCUGCUCAGGCAGUGGGAGCAGAAGGGUUAAACAGGAGCUCAGUCCUGGUGGCCUGGCAGUGGAGUUUGUUUCCACAAGGGAAUGAUGCACAUACAACUUUUCCCAGGGCCCACAGACUGUGUCUGAAUUUCAGGGGUGGUGGGAGGGCUCACCUGCCUUUUGCUGAGACUGGUUGAGAUGAAUCAAUGUAAUGUGGGGAAUACUUUUUUAUUUAAUUCAAAUAAAAUCAGCUGGAGCCAUA